UGUUGCUUGAUUGUUGCCACUCUGCGUUCUUACUUUGACCUUUAGCGUCGAAGGACAAUUGGCCAAAGGCUUACAUAUUGCACAUCUUACUUCGCACCUUACAUUAUCCAACAAUGGCCCGUAAUGAAGAGAAAGCACAGUCGAUGUUGUACCGUUUCCGAGAGGCUCAAGCAGCUGAACUCGGCCUCGGAACGCGCGCAGAUCGUCGUCCGAAGAUGGCGAGCGGCUGCAAAAGUCUAAGAGAGUGCGAACGGUGGAGAGGAGAAAUUCUAAGGGAGCUAAGUCGGAAAGUGUCCAAGAUUCAGGAUGCUGGUUUGACUGACUACGAAGUUCGAGAUGUAAACGAUGAGAUCAACAAAUUGAUGCGGGAGAAGCGGCAUUGGGAGAACCAGAUUAUUGCGUUGGGAGGUGCCAACUAUCGCCGGAAUGUAGCCAUGCUUGACGAUGAUGGGAAGGAGGUACCUGGGACGAAAGGAUACAAAUACUUUGGCCGGGCAAAGGAUUUACCAGGCGUGAAAGAACUUUUCCAGAGCAAAAAGCAAGAGGAGGAAGAAGAAAACCAAGCGCUUGCAUUCUAUAAAAAGUUUAUGAACCAGGGCCCUGCAUACUUUGGCGACCUGGACGAAGCAGAUGGGAAGUUGUUGGAGUAUGAACGUCAAGCAGAGGAAGCAGAAUGGCGAGAUGAAUAUACGAACGUCCGGGAGAUCCUCGACCUUCCUCUUGACGACCCGAUACCAAAAAUACCUCGUGGAUCAUCGGCAAGCUCGUCACCACUCCUAACAAACGGGUCGUCACUACCUCAACCUCCACCAAAUGCUAAACGUAAAGCCCAGGAGGAAGAUGUCGAGAUGGACACGGUGAAUGCGGAUGCAGCUGUACCUGACCAGGCAAAACGGCCCCGAAAAGCUGAUGCGGAUGGCUCAACGAAGGCAGAUGUCAUCCCCUCGAGUGGAGUCGCAGAUUCAAUGCGCACACAUGCGAGCGCAGCCGCUGCUUAUCUGGGAUUUUUGUCGGCGGAAGAUCUGAUGCCGCCGACGCUUCCGACAAGAGAAGAAAUGGAGGGCGUAUUAUUGGCCCUAAGGAAACAAGCACUGGUGGAAGAGUAUUUUGGGGAGUAGUCAGAGUGUCCAUGUACGAUUAUAGGUUGUUAAUAUGUCCACUGAUCUCUGCUACUUCACAGUCUUCUACGCCCCCAAACUGUUUCUUGCAUGUCUCUCGACAGGAAUGCCAUCUGAAGUUGAUUAUUCAUUCCUUUCCACAAAACAGACUUCAUGAUGUCAGACCGUGUACGAACGGUCUGCGAGGAGACCAUUUAGAGUGCGCAGUGCUCGCAGGUUAUGGCA